AUGUUGAGACAUCAAAUCAAGUUAAUGCCGGACUCAAAGCCAUACAAUUCACCUCCGUAUCGAUAUGCUCCAGCGAAGCGACAAGUUAUUGAACAGAAUUUGAAAGAAAUAAAAGAAGAAGGAAUAAUCGAACCAUCGAAGAGCCCGUGGGCCUCUCCUGUGAUUUUAGCUCCGAAGAAAGAUGGAUCAAUGCGAUUCUGUGUGGAUUAUCGCAAAUUAAACUCAACGACAAUAAGAGAUGCGUAUCCAAUACCACGAAUCGAUGAUACACUUGAUGCGCUGCAAGAAGCUAAAUUCGUAUCAACAUUAGAUUUACGAUCUGGAUAUUGCCAGGUGGAAAUGGACAAAGAAUCAAAAGAGAAGACUGCAUUUAUUACACACAAAGGUCUUUAUGAAUUCAAUGUUAUGCCUUACGGAUUAACUAAUGCAACAGCUACGUUUCAACGAUUAAUGGAUAUCGUUUUAGCGGGACUGAAAUGGCAAAGUUGUUUAGUAUAUAUUGACGAUAUAGUUAUUUAUUCGCCUACGUUCGAACAACAUCUCAUCGAUUUGAAGAAUGUAUUUCAAGCAUUAAGAGAAGCAAAUCUAACACUUAAAGCAUCGAAGUGCUGUUUUUGUCGAAGGGAAAUGAAAUAUUUAGGACAUAUUAUUACUCAGGAUGGUAUUAAGCCUGAUCCAACGUUAACGAAAGCUGUCUCAGAUUUUCCACAACCGAAAUCUAUAAAAGACGUUCAAUCAUUUUUAGGUUUAAGUGGUUAUUAUUGA